AUGUCUAUCACAGAGGUUAACCAAACAUCAGAGGAGCCCAUCGCUAUCCCCUCCCACCUCGAUGGCGUCGCUUACCUCUACGGCCACCCUCUCCUCAACUCCCUCUCCCCCCCUCUUCACCAGACUGUCUACAAUGCCCUCGGUCUCAACUGGACCCAGAUUCCGCUGUCCAGCGUGACCGGCACCUCAGAGACCUACCCCCCUCCAUACACCAAGUCCCCGCCCAUUGAGAAAUACCUGGCCUCCAUCAAGGCCAACCCUAAGUUUGUUGGCUCAUCCGUGACCAUGCCCCACAAGGUCGCCAUCAUGCCUCACCUGGAUGACCUGACCGAGCACGCCCGCCAGGCCGGUGCCUGCAACACCAUCUUCCUGCGCGACGACGCCAACGGCCAGCGCCAGUACGUCGGCACCAACACUGACUGCGACGGCAUCCGCGAAGCCCUCCUGCAGAACGCCCCCGAUGCAUCGCGAUUCCGCGGCCGGCCCGCGCUGAUCAUCGGUGGUGGCGGUACUGCCCGCACAGCCAUCUACGUGAUGCGCCGCUGGCUCGGCUCCAGCCGCAUCUACAUCGUCAACCGGGACGCCGACGAAGUGGCUACCAUCCUGGAAGAAGACCGCCGCCGUAACCCGGAUGCCAAUGGCCAGGCUCCUCUGAUCCCCGUCACCGACCCCACGGAGGCGGCUCGUCUCGAGUCUCCCGCUGCCAUCGUGUCCGGCAUUCCCAACUACCCCCCGAAGACCGCGGAGGAGCUGCGCUCCCGGGCGAUCAUCGAGGCGUUCCUGGGCACCGCCGCCGAUGCCGACAAUCAGGAAGGUGUCAUCCUGGAGAUGUGCUACCACCCUACUCCCUGGACUGAGAUUGCCAACCUGGCCACCACUAGCGGCUGGAAGGUCAUUCUGGGCUCUGAGGCCCUGAUCUGGCAGGGUUUGGAGCAGGCCCGUCUCUGGACCGGCAAGGACAUCAUUGGCACUCCUGGUCUGGUGCAGCAGGUCAAGGAUCUGGUUGCGAAAACCAUCGCUGAGCGGGCCGAGCCCAAGUCCAGCCUGUGA